AUGGAUGGUGACAUAAUUAAUAAUCCACAAGAUAAUCAUCAUAUGGGAACUUCUUCAUUGAUGAAUAAUUGUGAAAUUGAUUGGGAUGGGCUUUUUUCUAGUUCUUGUUUGAAUAAUUUGGAGUUGGAGAAGGGAAUUUGUGGAAGUGAGGAUUAUCCAAUGGGAGAUUAUGAUAAUGUUGCUGUUGGAGGAAUAAAUUUAGAGGGUAAUAUUAUUGGAGGGAAGAAUAAUAAUAGUAAUAAUAAGUACAAAGGUGGGAAAAUGGUGAUGAGUAAAAGAAGAAAUGUAAUGGCUCCAAGGAUUGCUUUUCAGACAAGGAGUGCUGAGGAUGUUCUUGAUGAUGGCUAUAGAUGGAGGAAAUAUGGUCAGAAGGCAGUCAAACAUAGUACCCAUCCUAGGAGUUAUUACCGGUGUACACAUCAUACAUGUAACGUUAAGAAACAAAUUCAAAGGCAUUCCAAGGAUCCAACCAUAGUGGUGACAACAUAUGAAGGGAUUCAUAACCAUCCAUCUGAGAAAUUAAUGGAAACUCUAAGCCCUCUACUCAAGCAAUUGCAGUUCCUUUCUGGCAUUUAGAAUCUAAUAAUUUUCCUUUUCAAUUUCAUCAACUUUUUUGUGUGUAUGUAUUUCUAUGAAUCAUGCCACUCGAAAUGCCUAAUAGUGUUAAAGGUUGGGAAAGAAAUCACAUGAUCACUUUCUUUUCUAAUUAAUGGC